AUGUUCUUCAUUGGUAUCCUGCUACCAUAUGACGACAAGCGCCUCCUGUCCUCUGGCUCCAAGACAGCGCAGUCACCUCUGACUAUUGCACUCUCCGAUGCCGGUAUUCUUCCAGCGGCUCAUCUGAUCAAUGGUUUGAUCGUUAUAUCUGUGAUCUCUGCUGGUAACAGUUCGCUAUAUGUUGCAUCUCGCACGAUACUGUACAUGGGACGAUCUGGCAAGGCGCCGGCUAUCCUAGGUCGAACAAACAAAGCUGGUGUUCCCUGGGUUGCUUUGCUGUUUACCAAUCUGGUUGCUUGCAUUUCCUUCCUUUCCUUGUCUUCCAGUGCCGGAAAACUAUAUUCUGCACUUAUUACUUUGUCAGGAGCCAUAACCCACAUUCGUUUCCGACAGGCACUCGCCAUCCAAGGCGAAGAUACCUCUGUGCUACCAUUCCAAGCUAUGUUCUACCCUUGGGGAACAUAUAUCGCCCUCGCAGCAAACAUAUUUUUGAUUUUCUUCCAGGGAUACACCGCUUUCCUCCACCCAUUUAGCGCUGAAGAUUUCGUUGUCAACUAUAUCCUCCUUCCCGUAUUCGUUGUUCUGGUUCUUGCUUGGAAAUUCGCUAAACAGACUAAGAUCGUCAAACUAGAGGAGAUGGAUAUAUGGAGUGGAAGAAGGGAGUACGGAGAUGAUGUUACAGAAGAUGUCUCCAAGAAGACUAUUUGGACCAAGAUUAAGGAUAUCAUUGUUGGUUAA